ACUCUUUUGACUUUCGAUUUUGCCAAGAUGUCGAUGGCAACGAAUUACAGAUACGAAGUGGAUCGUCCCGGAGCGAAAAAUCUUAGGAAAGCUCUGAAAAGACAGGAAGAAAGAAUCAAGGUUUGUGAGUUAUCUCAACAUCGAUGAAACCCAUCAACGAAAUUGAAUACACCGUAUCUCGGCAUGAUUAUGUGGAAGCUGCAUAUAUUGUUUCCCUUCUAAAUGCAAAGAAAAGACAUUCCUUCUAUUAUCCGGUGCCAAUGAUUAUUGUUUAAUAUUUCGUGACAAGUAGGUCUGAAGGGAACGACAAUAGUAACCCCUAAAUUCCUAUACAUCGUCAUUUUUGUGAAAGGUCUGCCUGUACGUACGUAUCUCACACUCGACGAUAUUACUGUACGUUUAAAAUAUCUUAAUUCUUGGUAAAGUUUGUUCGGUAGGUUCUUUCUUCUUUCAUAAAUAAGCGACAACCUGAGAGAUUUUGUACAGUCGGGAUACAUGUACGUGAAAACUUUUCGAGCAUUAUUAUCAUUUUUUUAAAUUCCUAAACCAGCGCUGAACACGUCUUAUUUGAACUGCUGUAAUUUUCAUUACUUGCAAUGAAGUUACUCCUGAAGGGAAUAAUUAUGAAGGAAAAUAUGUGCGUUGAGGGCCUCCACUGAUUCCCUUCACAAGCAGCACUGCAUACAUGUAGUGUCAACAUUUGUAGAUUUUACCUUUAAUAGAUGGAGCUCACAAUAACUGGAAAGGACUGUACGAAGCUGUCUUUAUCUUACGGAGUGACUUAAAUCAAUACGUACGAUUCAUAUUUUAAAUAAAAAGUCAGAAUUUUUUCUUUUAUAGAAUGAUGAGUGCAACUCAGAACAGGAAGCAAAAGUGAAAAGGUAACCAAUUUAGGUAACUUUAACUUUUGACCAAUUAGAGGUGUUUGUUUCCUGGUUUAUAUCUAGAAAUAUGAAAAAAAUUAGAACAUUGUAUUGUCCUAGUUGAUACUGUAGGAAUGUUAAUAUACAUUGUUAGGAGCCCAUUUAACUCUUGACAAGGUACAGUAGUCUUCAUAGUUGUCAAAAAGAAUUUUGAGGAAAUGCACCAAGCAGAUUUAUUUCUGUCAGUGUCAUGGUUCCAUGCUGAAAACUGAAUCACAUGCCAGCACAUUUUUUCAUAGUAGAGCUGUGAAGUGUGGCAGUUGCCAGCUUACAUGUAUUUCAAAAAUCCUGGUGCAAGUUUGUACAUGUAGUCAUGUACGUGCAUGCCAUAUUUGCAGACUAUUCAAUUGCAUAACCACAGUUUGAGGAGAGGAACUUUGAGGUGUUUGGUUUUGCAGUUUUGGUAAUUUUUUUACAUUGACCUUUUUUUUUUUUGUUUUGUUUUUUGUUUUUUGUGAUGAGAAAAAUCAGUUUUUUGGUUCUGUAUUAGUUUGCAAUUUCCUUACAGGACAAUCCAUUUUCAAAAGUAAAACCCAUGUUCUUUCAAGAUUUGAUAUGGCAUAUUAGGUUUUUUGUUCCCAGUUUGUUGCAAAACUGAAGACAGAAACUCAUGCAGUGAAAUAGGACAUCCACUUUUUUAUCCUUGGUGCAAGAUCACUGUUUGCAAGAGCAGUGAGGGUUCAUUAAUUGGCUGCUGUCUUUUGUGACCAGUAAACAUCUGAACUUACUAGUUUCCACUGACAAUACAAAUAUAAAAUUCUGUGCCUGUUAUUGACUACAAUGUUUUUAUUAAUGUUGUGAACUGUGCCAUUUAAUUUCAUCUUUGCCUUUGCAUUUUAUGGGACUGUACAAAUUUUACAGUCAAUCCAAGUCUGCUUGUAUUUAAUUGUUUUGAGUACUUAUUGUAGUCAAAUCUUCAAACCAAAUCUUAUCUAACUUUUCAAAAGUUCAAGGUAAAAAGAUGGCUUCUUGGUGGAUGUUUUUAGAGCUACAUGUAUUAGAUAUCAUUUUAAAGAAUUUUUACAAACUUUCCUCAUUCAAAAAGCUGUGGUUUGGCAUAUAAUUUUUGGUUUUGAUCAAGGACUGCUGUAGGAUUUUUGUUGUGGUUGAUACUUAGUACUGUUUUGUGGUUUCUUUUGGACCCCAAUGCCCUCCUCUAUGAGAACUUUAUGGUGAUAUACAAUGAAUUUAACAUUUGGUUGUUUUAAAUUUCUGUACUUUUUCACCCACAUGUGUAUUUGUAGCACUGUCAGGGUCAUCAUAUGAAUCUCGUUUUCUCUUUUGGAAUAUGUGGGCAUCUCACCUGCAGAAUGAUUCUCCCAGUCUUGUUUAAGACUAGUUAGAUCUACCUGUGAAAAGUGAUAUUGGAAAAUUUUUGUCUACAAAAUGUGGGGAAUUUUAAUCCUAUGAAGAAUUUAGUGAGCCUCACUACAUUUUCUAUGGAGGUACAGUAAAGUACACUGUACAUGUUGAAUGAAUACACGUUACCCAUUAAUCUUGAUAUUGGAUACUACGUGUCCAUUCAUCUAGCUCUUUGUAUGUGGAGAUGGAAGAGGUCAAUAUAAAAAUUGAAAGCA